GGAGAAGCCUCCGACGUGCGGCUUGGUCAGAAUUUAGAAAUCCUCUCUCUGUGUCUGUACCUACCUGGGUACCUGGGCAGUCGGUGGAAGACUACGAACCGGCCCCGGAACUGGAAGACCAACCAAAGGCUGGACAGUGGGACGACUCCAUCAAAUCGAAAUCGAAAUCGACAUCGAGUAGCAUCCUGACAAUACUCCCUAGCCGGUAUAGUAGACGGUAUCGAGCUGUCGACCUUCCUGCGUCCUAGGGCGGCCACAGAUAUCAAUAUCAACAUCAACAAUUUACAACACUCAAGGAACCUAGCGAUCCAUCCUAUCAAACCCAAUUCCGACUUGCCAUUUGGUGAGUUGCCAUUCAGACCCCAGUCUGCGCAGUGAUUCAUUCCCCCAAAGAGAACACACACACGACAGAGAAAGGAAAGUGGAAUCCCCAGGAAGGAAAAGCCAGAGACUAGCAAGCAACCAAGCAACCUAAAAUUGGUACCAGAUCUACUGUUACCGCAACUUUUUUCCCCUUCCCAAUCUUUCUGGAUAUUUCUACCAUUUUGCACAAUUUCACUUUGCACAAUCCCUCACUCUAUCAAAAAUCAUAGCAGAUACUCGCUCGCUCUACUUCGGGGGUCAAGAAAUAAAAGAAAGAGUAACAAGCAAGAGAACCUGCCUUGUUAUCUUCUUCUGCGUGUAAUAAACAUAUCUUCAUCGAAACAUUCAGCACAACAAGUCUCUCAGUGGCCUCCAACGGAAACUUGCGAAACCCCGCUGGCCUGCAUCGUCUCAGCCAUUCGAUCCUCCGUUUAGUCCUGGAUUCAUCCUGGUUCUAAACAUUUUUAUUUCUCCAUUCCAACUGCGACAAAUUUCCAAACAUCUUUUUUACUUUCGCAGACUCCCUUGCCUUGUUGCUCGCUCUGAAUAGUAAUUCGUUUUAUGAAAUUCACUCUACAUUCACUCAAUACUUCCUUCUUUUCGUGCUUUCCCAAUCACUCAAUUUGCUCUCUCGCCUACGAAGAACCACGCGGUCCAUAGCUGGAGCUCGAACCCGACCAAUUUACGAAACCAAUCGCCAAUAUUCCAUCCCAUUAUUUUGUCUCGCUCUCAUAUUGUUGCUUAUCAUAGCUUCGGGGCUUGAAGGUCGGUUCUGCGAAUUCGAAAGUGGAACAAAGGAAAUAAAUAUUGUCAAGAUGGCAUCUUCUAAAGAAAUUCAGCAUUCUUCGAGACCUAGCCAAGGCCGACUUCCAUCACUCUCUACAAAUUCGAGUUCCUAUCCACGACAGUCUCAUACACGAAAUCACUCUCAUUCAGUAUCGGCAGGAUCACUUAUACCGAGCAGCAGGGUGACUCGACGCAAAAGUGUAUCUUCGAACGUUGCGAGUAAUGUUAAUGCACUUCUAGCUGCAGCGACAGCGAGUGAGGUUGGCGAUAAUCCUUUGGCAAUGCCAAUUUCUACACGAAGAGCAACAAUGAGAUCCGGACCUAUGGGCAGUUUACCAUCUCCACCAUCGAGCCUGCCAACUCAUAGAAUUAGGUUGACUAUGAAGUCGGGGCGUGGAGAGAGUGCAAUUGACGAUGACAACAAUGACGAGGAGAUGGAGGACGAAGAAGACGACGAGUUUACAAAGAAUAGAAUAAGAAGAGCGAGCGAAGGAUCACAACUUUUGAAAGAUGGCAAGAAGGCCAAUGCCAAUGAUCUCAAGUGUGACAAGUGUGGAAAAGGAUACAAGCACAGCAGUUGCUUGUCUAAGCAUUUAUGGGAACAUACACCACAAUGGUCCUACACCUCGAAAUUGUUGAUCUCAAAGCAUCAACAAGUACAGCUGCUAGAAGCGGCUGCCGUCCUUCUUGGAAUGAACCAAGAUUCCGUCAAUACUCCACCGGACUCUGCAAAGGACCCUCAAAGUGAUGACCAGGAUUCUGCAUCUAGUCUGGGUGAUCACGAGAAUGAUCGUGCCAGCUCGGCGGAUAUGACACCACCACCUGCGGAUAUACGACACGCAUACGGUGGUAGUUCGUUCAACGGUGCAAGGAUACAUGCUGGAAGUAGUGACUCUUAUACCAUGUCGGAUAGGGUCCGUUACGGUGCCAGCGUUCCAGUCGGCUUCGGUCUUUUCCACCACCAAAACUAUGAGCGUCGCCCGCCCUCUUCUGGAAGGAAUGAGAAUCAAGAGGAAGAAGGAUUGACAGCAGCGAUGCAGAGCCACGGACUCUCAAGCGGCUUGUCAGAUGAUGUUCCUCCCGUACCUGGAAUCCCUGCUGAAUAUUUAAAUGAUCUUUCAGCGAGUUACACACCCAGCCUUCGCCCGCGGCAGAGGGAAAGCUUUGCCAGAGGAAGCUAUGACCGUCAUCAACUCCAUGGAGACGGAGAUGUGCAAAUGGACGAUGGCGAUGAGAGUAUGGGAGAUGAGGAAGAUUAUGAUCAGCGUUCCCGAGGUCGUUCUGAUGAAGACGAUGAUGGUGUUUUCGGACGUAUGGAGGAAUAACUGCCAGCAAAUCUAGAUGUGCCAAUCGAUGUAACUUUUCAAUUGGCCAUUACGAUUAUUUCCCUUUUCUUCUCCUGUAGUAGCAAUGUAAUAAGUAAAUUCGGUCGAUUCUUAGCACCAAUGGGUGGAGGUUUGAUCCACUGAGGUUAAAACUAAGAAUCGGGUUGAUCUACCAGCACAAUAAAAACAAAUGUUAUCAAAUGAAAUGAAGAUACUUAGCAGUCAGACAUGCAAGCUCUUGAUGCCAGAGCCACUUGAUAUCAAUUUUGAUGGUAAAUAUAAUAGUAGCGAUGGUGGUGACGAUAUCGAUGUAGUUGAGAGUGGCACAUUGAGGUGUAUUGUAUUGUCAAGCACGCAGCUACUUGCAGGUACUUUCUCAAAAGGGUUGAGUUUCCCCUUCAGUUAACAUCACUGGGUUUGAGGCUUUUAGAUAGCACUUGCUGGACAUUGGUUGGGUAGGGUGCGGCAUGCUAUCUAGAUCUGGGAUUAAGUUUCUUGACGUGGAAGAAAGAAGUUGGCAAAUAGUAAUUGGGCGUGCGGUAGUCAUAAACGGAGCUGAUGUAGAGAGAAAAAGCAAACGAAGCUAUUGUAGUGUAAGGUUAAGAAGGAAGCAAAGCAAAACAAAAUAUCGAUUGGGACUUAUAGUUUUCAACAACUUGAAGCAACAUGACUUGACUUAUUUAAAUUAGAAAUAUCA